UUUGGCCACACUGAAUCGCACUGAAGUUGUUUGUCAUUCAACAAAAAUUUUGUAAAUCACUCAAUUUUCGUUAAAAAGUCUGAAAUACUUAAAAUAAAAUAAACUAUGUACCAGCCAUCAGUGAAAGUGCAACCCGCGGAGGUGUCCGUGCUGAAUGCCACCGGUCGUGUGGGCAUGCCAACGGAGGCCAAUUGCCUUAACCAACUGGCCCAUGUUCACCGGCUCCGCGACUCGGAACUCAACUACAACGAGCACCAGUAUAAUCUUAAUAUGCAAAUGCUCCGCAACCGCGAAGGACUCGGUGUCCCCCUCAAAAUGGGCAUGGAACGCUUUGCCGCCCGCCAGGUGGGACGACUGCCCUUCCUUCCGUCCAGCCACAUCAUGGACGAUGUCCUGACUGGCCGUUGUGAUUCCAUUGGCUUUGAGGACUUUAUGAACCUGCCCGAGUACAGCGAGCAAAUGCGUCAGCCCCACGCUGUGGUGGAGAAAUCUCUUGGAAUUCACCUAUAAAUCCUUAUAAAUAUAGUUGCUUUAAUGCCUGGCAUUCAACAAAAACACAUUCUAAAACAUUAAAUUCGGCAAAUAAAAUGUAUUCUGGUUCCUCGGUUAAA